AGGCAGAAAUCCUUAGCAUGCUUAGUCACAGAAACAUCAUCCAGUUUUAUGGAGCUGUACUUGAACCGCCUAAUUACUGUAUAGUUACAGAAUAUGCUGCGUGUGGAUCACUGUAUGACUACAUUAAUAGCAAUAGGAGUGAAGACAUGGACAUGGAGCAUAUCAUGGCCUGGGCUACAGAUGUAGCAAAAGGAAUGCACUACUUACACAUGGAGGCCCCAAUCCGUGUGAUACACCGAGAUCUCAAGUCUAGAAAUGUUGUAAUAACCAUGGAUGGAAUAUUAAAGAUAUGUGAUUUUGGUGCCUCGAGGUUUCAUUCCCACACAACACAUAUGUCCCUUGUAGGGACUUUUCCAUGGAUGGCUCCAGAAGUUAUUCAGAGUCUUCCAGUGUCUGAGACAUGUGAUACCUACUCAUAUGGGGUGGUUUUGUGGGAAAUGCUAACAAGGGAGGUUCCGUUUAAAGGACUUGAAGGAUUGCAAGUGGCUUGGCUCGUGGUAGAAAAAAACGAGAGGUUGACCAUUCCAAGCUCAUGUCCGAGAAGUUUUGCAGAACUCAUGCGCCAAUGCUGGGAAGCUGAUUCAAAGAAAAGACCAUCAUUCAAACAAAUCAUAGCAAACUUGGAGUCUAUGUCAAAUGACAGCAAGCUGCCAGACCAGUGCAAUUCAUUUUUACAUAACAAAGCAGAAUGGAGGUGUGAAAUUGAGGAAACACUGGAGAGGCUGAAAAAGCUGGAACGAGACUUGAGCUUUAAGGAGCAAGAACUGAAAGAACGGGAGAAGCACUUAAAAAUGUGGGAGCAGAAGCUCACUGAACAGUCGCACACACCGCUUUACUUUCCUGUUCCUGCGAGGCUCUCUCAGAAGUGUUUCUUUGAAUCUAAAACAGAGGAGUCAAACAGUGCUGAGAUGUCAUGUCAGAUCACAGCCACCAGUAACGGGGAGGUAGAUGGCGUGAACAAAAGCCUGCAGGCCAUGAUGAAGGGCUUCGGGAAUAUGUUCGACAUGGGCGUUGUGGGACCCGUCUUGCAUUCUGGGAUUCAAAUAAACAUGCAAGCCAAGCAGAACUCCUCCAAAACCACAUCAGUCAGGAAAGGAAAGAAGAUCAACAUGGCUGUCGGCUUCAGUGAUUUUGAUUGGUCAGAUGAUAGCAGCGAAUGA